AUGGUUAAAGAAGAUAUUGAUAGAAUUGAAAAACGAGUCGUCACCUGGGAAGAACACAUCAAGGACCUAGAGCAGGGUAUAGUGGCUCCGUCAUCUGGUACGGACGCGUCUCUGAAACAUGAAACCAGCGAGCUUCGGAUAGAACUAAAGAAACUAAGUACUAAGUUCGAUGAACUCGAUCAAGCCUCACGCAGCUGCAAUAUAGUAGAAGUACAGAAUAUACCUGAAAAAAAGACUGAAAACCUAAUCCAUCUCUCUAUGGAGAUUGGCAAGCAAAUUGGUGUUUACUUCAAGAAAAGUAACAUCCGAUCUGUUCACCGUCCAAAAAAUAUUGUGCUGCAGCUGACUACGCGGCGUUUGCGUGACGACGUGAUAGCUGCAGCGCGUGCGCGCCGUUCUUUAUUGACAGCCCAACUUCUCUGUUCCCCUAACAGUGCCGCCGCCGCAGCACAAAGCACGCGCUUCUAUAAACGAGCACUUAACACU